GGGAGGAGAGGCGGCGGCGGCGUCCGAGAUACGCCACACGGCCAGGGGCGUUGGGAGCCCGGGAGCGGAGCGGGGUCGUGGCGGCGGCGGUGAGCAGAGCGAGGAGGAGGAGAGGGUGCCAUGGCAGGGCAGCAGUUCCAGUACGAUGACAGUGGGAACACCUUCUUCUACUUCCUCACCUCCUUCGUGGCGCUCAUCGUGAUCCCGGCCACAUACUACCUUUGGCCCCGAGACCAGAAUGCCGAGCAAAUUCGAUUAAAGAAUAUCAGAAAAGUAUAUGGAAGAUGUAUGUGGUAUCGUUUACGGUUAUUAAAACCCCAGCCAAAUAUUAUUCCUACAGUAAAGAAAAUAGUUCUGCUUGCAGGAUGGGCAUUGUUUUUAUUCCUUGCUUACAAAGUUUCCAAAACAGACCGAGAAUAUCAAGAAUACAAUCCUUAUGAAGUGUUAAAUUUGGAUCCUGGGGCAACAGUAGCAGAAAUUAAGAAACAGUAUCGUUUGCUGUCACUUAAAUAUCAUCCAGAUAAAGGAGGUGAUGAAGUUAUGUUCAUGAGGAUAGCAAAAGCUUAUGCAGCUUUAACUGAUGAAGAGUCCCGGAAAAAUUGGGAAGAAUUUGGAAAUCCAGAUGGGCCUCAAGCUACAAGCUUUGGAAUUGCCCUGCCAGCUUGGAUAGUUGACCAGAAAAAUUCAAUUUUGGUUUUACUUGUGUAUGGGUUGGCAUUUAUGGUUAUCCUUCCAGUUGUUGUGGGCUCUUGGUGGUAUCGCUCAAUACGCUAUAGUGGAGACCAGAUUCUAAUACGCACAACGCAGAUAUAUACAUAUUUUGUUUAUAAAACCCGAAAUAUGGAUAUGAAACGUCUCAUCAUGGUUUUGGCUGGAGCUUCUGAAUUUGAUCCUCAGUAUAAUAAAGAUGCCACAAGCAGACCAACGGAUAAUAUUCUAAUACCGCAGUUAAUCAGAGAAAUUGGCAGCAUUAAUUUAAAGAAGAAUGAGCCUCCACUUACCUGCCCAUAUAGCCUGAAGGCCAGAGUUCUUUUACUGUCUCAUCUUGCUAGAAUGAAAAUUCCUGAGACCCUUGAAGAAGAUCAGCAAUUUAUGUUGAAAAAAUGCCCUGCCCUGCUUCAAGAAAUGGUUAAUGUAAUCUGCCAACUAAUAAUAAUGGCCCGGAGCCGUGAAGAAAGGGAGUUUCGUGCUCCAACUUUGGCAUCCUUAGAAAACUGCAUGAAGCUUUCCCAGAUGGCUGUUCAAGGCCUUCAGCAGUUCAAGUCUCCCCUUUUGCAGCUCCCUCACAUUGAAGAGGACAAUCUUAGAAGGGUUUCUAAUCAUAAAAAGUACAAAAUUAAAACUAUCCAGGAUUUGGUGAGUUUAAAAGAAUCAGAUCGACAUAGUCUAUUGCACUUCCUUGAAGAUGAAAAAUAUGAAGAGGUUAUGGCUGUCCUUGGAAGUUUUCCAUAUGUAACCAUGGAUAUAAAAUCACAGGUAUUGGAUGAUGAAGAUAGUAACAACAUCACAGUAGGAUCCCUAGUUACAGUGUUGGUUAAAUUGACAAGACAAACAAUGGCAGAAGUAUUUGAAAAGGAACAGUCUAUCUGUGCUGCAGAGGAACAGCCAGCAGAAGAUGGGCAGAGUGAUACUAACAAGAACAGGAUGAAAGGUGGAUGGCAACAGAAGAGUAAAGGACCCAAGAAGACGGCUAAAUCAAAAAAAAAGAAACCUUUAAAAAAAAAACCUACACCUGUGCCAUUAUCACAGUCAAAACAACAGAAACAGAAGCAGGCAAAUGGAGUUGUUGGGAGUGAAGCUGUAAUAAAGGAAGAUGAAGAAGAAAUUUCUGACAAAGGCAGUGAUUCUGAAGAAGAAGAAACCAAUAGAGAUUCCCAAAGUGAAAAAGAUGAUGGUAGUGACAGAGAAUCUGAUAGAGAGCAAGACGAAAAACAAAACAAAGAUGAUGAAGCAGAAUGGCAAGAAUUACAACAAAGUAUACAGCGAAAGGAGAGAGCUCUAUUGGAAACCAAAUCAAAGAUAACACAUCCCGUGUAUAGUCUUUACUUUCCUGAGGAAAAACAAGAAUGGUGGUGGCUUUAUAUAGCAGAUAGGAAGGAACAGACCUUAAUAUCUAUGCCAUAUCAUGUGUGUACACUGAAAGAUAUAGAAGAGGUAGAACUGAAAUUUCCUGCACCAGGCAAGCCUGGAAAUUACCAGUAUACAGUAUUCCUGAGAUCAGACUCCUAUAUGGGAUUGGAUCAGAUUAAACCAUUGAAGUUGGAAGUUCAUGAGGCUAAGCCUGUGCCAGAAAAUCACCCACAGUGGGACACAGCAAUAGAAGGGGAUGAAGACCAGGAGGAUAGUGAGGGCUUUGAAGACAGCUUUGAGGAAGAAGAGGAGGAAGAAGAAGACGACGACUAAGCAGUACCAUGAAUGGACCGCAGUGCUGGGAACGUUUGCUGUUUUGGAAUGUGUAAUAAACCAGGAACAGUACAGAACUGAUGAUGGGGGAGGCGUUAGUUUCUUUACUAGAAAUGGGUGCAUAUUAACUAGGCAGUGGUGGUGCCUUGGUACAAUCUGAAAAAUACUUCAGGCUUAUUAAUGCCUUUCAAGUAAGGGAUGGUGCAUUUAUUUCAUCUGCAAGUGAUAAUAAAUCCUUUGUUAUUAUAACUGUCCAGAAGUGUGGGCUAUGUAUUAUCUGAUCAGUUUAUGGUCCCAUAAAAGUAAAGGUACAUGAAAAACAGUCUAUAAGUGAGCAAUUUUCUUUGUUCAGCUUUAGUUUUAGUAAAUAUUAAAGUAUGAUAAACACCACAAAUGUUUUAAGUAACAUCUGCUCAAGUUUUUAAUGUUGCAGUAAGCUCUAUUAUUCAUUUAUUGACAUUUUGCAGUGAUAUAAGAUUAUUUAUAACAGCUCCAUUCAAAGCUUUAAACCUUUUAUUUUUACCUUUAUUGGUCAUAAUUUGGUAUUCUCUCACAUUCCACAUAAGUUAGAGGGCUACGUUUUGGGAUUUUCCUUUUCAUAAUUGCCCAGACUUUUCAAACAGAUUAUAAAAAUGGCUUUUAAUGACUUAAAACAAUUUUAAGCCUUUAUUUUAUCAGACCAAUGCAGGAUAAUUCUUUUGAUAAACUAUAGGUCUAAAAGGGAUCGUGGGACCAUACGUUGUCUGAUGUUGAUGGUUUAUGUAAUUAAACCUUUUUAAAAAGGUUCACUGUAAAAGCUGAACUAUAUCUUAGCUUUUAAUCUACCUGACUCUAUCAGAAUCCUUUUAAGGGAAAUAUAACAUGCAGAGGAGGCAUUUUUUGUAUUCGUUUUGGACUUCUGUUAAUAAAAUAGAAGUUUGACUUGUUUUACGUUUGUAAUGGUGUGUGUCUUUUUACUCCCAGAGAAAGGACAUUAAUAGGGUAAUCCAUUAUUUUAUUUUUCAACUAAAAAUUUAAUAUUGUAUAUUACUGCUGAAGUGACUGCUGUUUUUGUACACUAUUGAAAAACCUAUGAGUGAGAGGGGUUUCUCCUCAUAGUACAACUGGAAGGAUAGUGCUUAUAAAGAGUAGAAAUGUGUACAUGAUGAAUCAUUGAGGUAAGGUGUAUAUUUUUAUUACUAGAUAAGGAAGAAGCAUAAGUCUGUAAUAUUAUAAGACUGAUUGUAAUAAUCCUCUUCUAUCAAAAUCUCCAUAGGCCAAAGUACUGUUGGAAUACUAUUUGUAACCUUGUUUACUUUACAAAAAAGGUUGCCACUUUCCAUGCAGAAUUACCACUGGUAUUUUGUUACUGCAGUAGUUGGAAAUAAAAUUUGAAAGUUACCAAAAACAUGAAUGGUUUUUUGGCUUUAAAUUUAGGAUUUAAUAUUUCCUAUCAAAUGGUCAAAGCAUUGUUUUCAUUGGAACUUGAUGACCAGUUUAGUGAGAUCUUUCCUUGACAGGCAGGGGUGGUGCCACUGAGGGUUUGUUUUGUUUCAUGUUACAUGUAAGAGGGUAGGUUUAAUUUUAAAAUCAGGCCUUGCUGUGAAGCUCCAGUGUUGGUUGAGGCAGCUGCUGGUCACCUAAGUGUGGUGGCAGGGAGUGAUCUGGCUUGUGUCAAGUAAAAGGAGAGGUGAGAGAAAACACUUGUGUGGCAUAAAGUCAAGGAAACUGAGCAAACAAAACAACGAUGUGUAAUAUGCGCAUUUCCUAGUUUUCUUGAAAGGUAUUUUAAAAGACAAGUAUUUAUUUUUCAGUGGUUAUUUUGCCUUAAAAAGGCUUUACAAAAAACAACUGGCUUCUUUCUGGUUUUGAGACUCUGGAGAGGAUGAUUUCACAAUCUAAUAACUCACCACAGUGCUUAAAAAAAACAGCAUCAGUUCAACUUUAGAAAAUUUCACCAAUCUGUUUUCCUUUGCUCUUUGUGUGAUGUGUAUCUGCUUCCCAACCAAAUAAAAUAAACUUUUCUGUAAUAAGUGUUUUAGGCAACCUCUUUCAAUAUUGCAGUAGUGAAAGGAUUGAGCCUUCAGUUUAUGGUUCUCAUCUCGCCAGCAAGUCGCUGAGCUCCACAUCCCGUCUUUCUCCAGAAUAAGAUUGAUAAUUUACCCUUGUUUACAUUUAAUCUAAUGGAAAUUCAUCAACUGAAGUUUGUUUUCUUCCUAUCAAGAAAGUGACAUUUUGUCAACAGGAUAGAUGAAAACAUAUGGUUUUUGUGCAUAUAAAGUGAAAUUGGUUAUUUAUGAAAUAAGUUUAUUUAAAUUGUGUAAUAUUUUUUGUCUUUAAAUUGGUGUAAGGUACUAUUAAAACAAAAUACAGCCUUCCGUGAGGAGACUUAGUUACCAUAAUUGCAAGUUAGCAAUUGUGAGUUUUAGCAUUAUAAAGCUUAAUUGAGGCCCCAAGGUGUUUUCUGUGUGGAUAUUUCAAUCACAAAGUCAGUCAGGUGUUCAUGUCCUUUUUAACUUUUUAAAAAUUUGCGUGAAUGUUUUUUAAAGAUUAAGGAGCACAUCGAAUUAGGUUCUCUGUAUAGAACAAUAACCUGUGCCCUGCUCUACUUCUCCCAGCUUGCACUGAGGGGGUAGAGAAAGAAGGGCCUUCCUGCGUGGCAGGAAGCUCAGGCCCUGGGUGGAAGCAGAGGGGUGUGGAUGCCCAGCAGCUGAUGUGGCAGUGG